AUGUUGCGAACUGACGUUGUUGAACUUGACUGUCAGGCUAAUGGAAACCAAGGAGUUACCCAAGAGGUGUCUGUGCCGGAAGCUUUAAUCAGCACCAUCUGUCAAAAACAUAACUUUUGUGUGAAAGUUACAAAGCACAACUUAGAAGGGAAGUCUCGAUCUUUAACUGUGACCAAGAUUCUCCCUCUGGACACUCCAGCAGCAACAGAAUAUUCGGAGGAAACAUUUGAGACUGGAAUCAACGUGUGUGAAGCUUCCAAAGUCAGUGUGGAUUCUGCAGAGGGGAUAAAGAGAACUUGUUGCAUUGAUGAGAUGGGGAAAGCUAAAUGCCUUAAGGAUUCUUCCAGCCGCCUCAAACGCAGAAUAAAGGUUUCCUCUGCUUCACCUCUCAGAACCGAUACUGAAAUCACCAUUGGAAGUGUCUACGAAGCUUUAAUCAACGCUAAACUACAACCAACUGCAAAACUUCAUAAUUUAACUUUAACAAGACGACUUAAUAUAAACCUCGCACUGCCUGAGGUGUAUAUGAGUGCAAAGGAGUGGAACCAUUUGAAGUACAAUAGAGUCGCUUCGGUGGCUAUGACGAACUACAAGACGCUCUUUGAGAAGCAUGAUAGCGAGAGGUUUAGGGAGUUUUUGGAGGACGUGAAGUCCGGGAAGAAGAAGAUGGCGGCUGGCGCGUUGCUUCCUCACAAGAUAAUCAGUCAGCUGAGCGAUGAUGGUGAAGUUGGGGCGGAAGUUGCAGAGCUUCAGUGGGCGAGAAUGGUGGAAGAUGUUGCCAAGAAAGGCAAGAUGAAGAACUCGUUGGCGGUCUGUGAUGUGUCCGGGAGCAUGGCGGGUGUACCUAUGGAGGUUUGUGUGGCGCUUGGGUUGUUGGUUUCGGAGCUUAAUGAAGAGCCGUGGAAAGGGAAGGUUAUCACCUUUAGCGAAAACCCGCAGCUUCAUCUAGUCACGGGCUCAAGUCUGAGAGAAAAGACUAAGUUUAUCACAGAAAUGGAUUGGGGGAUGAACACGGAUUUCCAGAAGGUGUUUGAUCGGAUCCUAGAGGUUGCUGUUGAGAAUAACUUGAGCAAUGACCAGAUGAUCAAGCGGUUGUUUGUGUUCAGCGACAUGGAGUUCGACAGUGCAGUGCAUACAGAAAACAGUGAUAUGGACAGUGAUUCGGAGGUAGAUUAUUACUCUGCUCCUUACGAGGAACGGUUGAAUAUUGCAAAGGAACGGUCCAAGAAGAAAUGGGAGACAGAUUAUGAGGUGGUUCAGAGGAAGUAUAAGGAGAAUGGUUUUGAGAAUGUUCCAGAAAUUGUAUUUUGGAACCUAAGAGACUCGUCGGCGACACCAGUGGCGGCUAAGCAGAAAGGAGUAGCUUUGGUUAGCGGGUUUUCAAAGAAUCUACUGAAUCUGUUUCUAGAGGAAGGUGGGAUUGUGAAUCCUGAAGAUGUCAUGUGGCUAGCUAUUAAAGGUGAGGAGUACAAGAAGCUUGUUGUUCAUGACUGAGAAACUUCACUUGCUUAAUCUUGUUGUACUCAUCAGUUUCUUUGAGUUUACUUUUCGAAAACUUGUUUUUCCAUUUUGUGUUUGACCUUGUUUGAGGAAAAAGAUGAACCUUGUUUAUCUUGUU